AUGUCUUCACCGCCGCCCAACACGUCUCUCCCGCUGUCCUCCGCCGCGCCCGCCCCCGCCGUCCUCACCCCGGAGGAGGUGUCCGGGGUGCUGCGGGACUUAACCCAGGCGGUCCAGGAGAUCCGCCUGUUCUUGGCCGGGUCCUACGGGCCGCACCAGGCUGCACCGCCCAUCGCCGCCACCGCGUCGCCGUGGCUGCCGUGGCUGCCGCCGCACCAGGCGGCCCCCGCCGCACUCGCCGGGCCGCUCCAGCUGCCAUCCACCACCCCGCCCUGGCUGCAGCGGCAGCCGCCGCUCUUGGCGCGGCCUCCGCCGCGCUCGCCGGGCCGCUGCAGCUGCCAUCCACCGCCCCGCCCUGGCUGCAGUGGCAGUCGCCGCUCCUGGUGGCCUCCGCCGCGCCCGGCGCUCCGCCGCAGCAGCGGCCCACGCCGGUGGUGA